AUGGGUAAACCGGCUUCCAGCGGUCGGGGCGCCCGCACAGACCCGGUGUUGAAUUUUGAGCGAUGGAAGAAGAAACACAUCCGCAAACAGAAAAAGAUGAAGGACCUGAGGAAGCAGCUCAAGAAGCCGGAAUGGCAAGUGGAGCGGGAGACCAUCGGCCGUCUGACCAUGGAGUACGAGAAGAUAAAUGUGAAUGAAAUUAUGCGAUUUUCUGAUUUCCCCUUGUCCAGAAAAACAUUGAAAGGCUUGCAGGAAGCACAAUAUCGGAUGGUGACAGAGAUACAGAAGCAGACCAUUGGCCUGGCUUUGCAGGGUAAAGAUGUGCUUGGAGCAGCAAAGACAGGAUCAGGCAAAACUCUGGCAUUUCUUGUCCCUGUUCUUGAAACAUUAUAUCGUCUACAGUGGACAUCAGCAGAUGGCUUAGGUGUUUUGAUAAUAUCACCUACCAGAGAGUUGGCAUAUCAGACUUUUGAGGUGCUACGAAAAGUAGGCAAGAACCAUGACUUUUCAGCUGGACUGAUCAUUGGUGGGAAGGAUCUAAAGCAUGAAUCUGAGAGGAUCAAUCAAAUAAAUAUACUAAUUUGCACGCCUGGGCGACUGCUUCAACACAUGGAUGAAACAACAUAUUUUCAUGCGACCAAUCUCCAAAUGUUGGUACUUGAUGAAGCUGACCGAAUCCUGGACAUGGGCUUUGCUGACACAAUGAAUGCUAUUAUAGAAAAUCUUCCUAAGAAACGUCAGACUUUGCUUUUCUCAGCAACACAGACCAAGUCUGUGAAGGACCUUGCACGUCUAAGCUUGAAGGACCCUGCUUAUGUCUGGGUCCAUGAAAAGGCAAAAUACAGUACUCCAGCCACUUUGGACCAGAACUAUAUCAUUUGUGAGCUGCACCAAAAAAUCAGCGUGCUUUAUUCCUUCCUGAAGAGUCAUCUGAAAAAGAAGAGUAUUGUGUUCUUUGCCAGUUGUAAAGAGGUUCAGUAUCUGUUCCGAGUCUUCUGUAGGCUACGACCAGGUAUUUCCAUCCUGGCUCUUCAUGGCAAACAGCAGCAGAUGAGAAGAAUGGAAGUCUAUAAUGAGUUUGUCCGCAAGAAAUCUGCUGUGCUCUUUGCUACUGACAUUGCAGCAAGGGGUCUAGAUUUUCCAGCUGUGAAUUGGGUCCUUCAGUUUGAUUGUCCAGAGGAUGCCAACACCUAUAUCCACAGAGCUGGCAGAACAGCUAGGUAUAAGGAAGGUGGUGAGUCAUUGCUAAUUUUACUACCCUCUGAAGUAAAAGGAAUGGUUCAUCAGCUUUCCCAGAGGAAAGUUCCUGUGAAGGAAAUCAAAAUCAAUCCAGAAAAGCUUAUAGAUAUACAGAAGAAAUUGGAAGCAUUUUUAGCCCAAGAUCAAGACUUAAAAGAACGGGCUCAAAGGUGUUUUGUAUCUUACCUGCGUUCAGUAUAUCUAAUGAAGAACAAAGAAGUGUUUGAUGUGAACAAGUUGCUUCUACCUGAAUAUGCCCUUUCUCUUGGAUUAGCUGUGGCACCACGGGUGAGAUUUCUUCAGAGAAUUCAGAAAACAAUGACUAAUGAAUCAGUGAUAAGCCAAACAGAUGAUGAAAGCAAAGAUGGAAGGAAACAUGUUACUUCUUCCCUCACAAAUGAUGAAGUGGAGGAAUUUAGAGCAUAUUUUAAUGAGAAAAUGUCUAUCCUCCAGAAAGGAGAGAAGAAAUCUGGAGAAAAAGACAAGCAGGACGCAGCAAAUGCUGUUGGUAAAGAAGAAAAUGGGGAUGAAGAAAAGGAAGUAGAGGAAGAAGAUAGAGAAGAGAAGAAAGAAAAAGUAAAGGAGCCUGAAGUACAAGCUCUUUUAGCUACCAAUGAGACUUCAAAAGACAAAGUGAUUUCUGUACAGUCUUUAGAUAGAGAUGAAGAGGAUGAAGAUGGUCAUGAUGUUGACUUCUUUAGAGUGAAACGACAUAAUGUAUUUGGAUUGGACCUUAAAGAAACCACCAUACAGAAGAAACCAUCUAAUUCUACCAUUAAGAAAAAAGCAACCAAAGUGACAGAAGCAAAAAAAGUGAUGAAGAGGAAGUUCAAAGUAAAUACAAAAGUCACCUUUACUGAAGAUGGGGAGUUAGUUCAACAGUGGCCACCUAUACAGAAAUCCAUUGUGAACAAACCUGAGGAAGAGGAUGAAGGACCUGGCAUUAACUUAGAGAAAGCAAAGGAAAGACUACAAGAAGAGGACAAAUUUGACAAAGAAGAAUACAGAAAGAAAAUUAAAGCAAAGCAUAGGGAAAAAAGGCUUAAAGAGAAGGAAUCCAAAAGAGAAGCAAGAAAGAAACAAGCAAAGGCUCAAGAUGAAGAGGAGGAAGCUUUUCUCGAUUGGAGUGAUGACAAUAGUGAAUUUGAUCCAAGCACACUCCCAGAUCCUGAUAAGCACAGAAGCCAUGAACAAACAUCUGAUGAUGAUAUGGAAGAUGGAGAGGGGUAUGUUUUAUUUAGUUUUGACAACUAGUACCAGUGAUCUUUGUUUCUCCUUUGGAACCUGAAAUCUUGCUUCUUCCCCUUCCCAUCUUCACCU